AACUAUUCCUGAUCUUAUCGCGUUCAGUUUCUCCCUUUCUCUCAUUCUCCUCCUCUUACCCUUCUCUCUUCUCCCUACAAACACAUUCUUUCAAUUGCCGUUAAUAAUUGUAUAGAAAAUCCAUUUUUCACUCCUAUUUUAAAUAUUGCCGGAUUAUUUUCUUUUCUUGGGAAACGACGUCGUAUAAGUUAGGCUUUCCAUUUUCUUUGAAUAUUGAAUGACGAUCCGACGGUGGAUAGCUGAAGACGACCUACCCAUCACUUCUCAAAAACCUUCAAACGUGAGCUGAUCCAAUUAGUUCCUUCGAGUUAACUGUUGAUAAGAGUUACAAGAAGUUAAAACGCUUUGCCGUUGUAGUGCAAAGAAUCGUAUGUGGGUUUCCUCUUCUGUUUUGAGAAGACAACAUUUUAUGAUAAGGACUCUUGGAGGUAACCGUGAUCACAUUAACACCAAUCAUAAAACAAUGCAAGCAAUAAGGACCAUGAGUAGAGCCGCAUUGGAGGCUGAUUCUGAAAACAUUUUGAGAGCAAUCACUCCAACCCUUGAUCCUACUAGACACAAGGGCCAGGCUGGGAAGAUAGCUGUGAUUGGUGGAUGUCGUGAGUACACUGGUGCUCCGUAUUUUGCGGCUAUUUCGGCUUUGAAAAUUGGUGCAGAUUUGUCUCAUGUAUUCUGUACUAAAGAUGCUGCUCCAGUUAUAAAAAGCUACAGCCCUGAGUUGAUAGUGCACCCAAUUUUGGAAGAGUCAUACAGCAUUAGUGGAUUGAGCGAUGAGGAGAGAAGAUACAUCUCAAGCAAGAUACUUGCUGAGGUUGAUAAAUGGAUGGAAAGAUUUGAUUGUCUUGUCAUUGGCCCAGGCCUUGGAAGGGAUCCAUAUCUGCUGGAAUGUGUUAGUGAAAUCUUGAAGCAUGCAAGACAGUCAAAUGUUCCAAUUGUCAUAGAUGGGGAUGGACUCUUUCUUGUAACCAACAGUCUUGAUCUUGUUAGUAGUUAUCCCUUAGCUGUUUUAACUCCAAAUGUGAAUGAAUACAAACGUCUAGUUCAGAGAGUCCUUGGUUGUGAAGUAAAUGAUGAAGAUGCUCCUGAGCAGUUACAAUCUCUUGUCAAGGGGAUUGGUGGCGUAACUAUCUUACAGAAAGGAAAGUCUGAUCUCAUUAGUGAUGGUGAGAUAGUCAAAUCGGUGAGCAUAUAUGGUUCCCCUCGGCGCUGUGGUGGCCAAGGUGAUAUUCUAUCGGGAAGUGUUGCUGUGUUUUUAUCUUGGGCCCGAGCCAAACAAAAAUCUCCCAUCAGGUUGUAAACCUUAGUUUUGUCUUUUAAACUUCACCAUUGCUGCAGUUUUGUUUCUUUGGUCUCUCUGAGUUGAUAACAGUUUAUUUUUACUUAAAUGUGAGUGUUACAGUCGAACCAAUCCAACUGUGUUGGGUUGCAUUGCUGGGUCUGCUCUAGUGAGGAAGGCAGCAUCUCUUGCUUUUGAACAUAAGAAAAGAUCAA